UUUAAUGUAUUAUCCUUAAGGCAGACCUUAAUAUUUUCCUCGUUCAGUGUACCAACCUUAACACCUGCCAUACCGACCUUAAUACUACCCUUAUAUGCCUCAAUACUUCCCACAAUAGUCAAUCCAUGCCUCCUAUAAUGGAUUUCAAAUUCCAAAAGCUAAUGUUCCACCUGUCCAUCCUAUGGCUAGCCAAGCAAUUCAAUCUCCAAACAAAAAUUUUCAGAGUCCAACAAGAGGAUUUGCCUCCCCCUCAAGAAAUCAUCUUUUGCAAUCUUAAUAAUAACAGCCAUAAAAUAAACCAACUUAAAAAUAACAAUUGUAAUCACCUACAAGACCUGGGUAUUUAACUUACGAAUAAGUGAUGGAGAGAAUUCAAAAAGCCAACACUUAAUAGUAAUCAUUUUAGCCUUAGCAAUGUAAUGAAUCAUACAAUUUUAGAAUCUGACCCUUAGCCUUAAGCAUAAUAGAAACUGCAAAACGGCCAAAUUCCUAAAUCAUAACAAUAACAACCACAAUAACAUUAAAAUCAAUAGUAAUAGCCAAUUCAACAGUAGACAUAACAAAAUAAAACUCCAAACAAACAAAUAUCUGAAAAAAUAGAAGUUUAACACAAGCAACCAACAUCACCAAAAGAUGCCGAAUAUGAGGCUGGAGAUGGAGAACUAGAGGGUAUCAUCCUUAUUUUAAUUUUAAGAGUUGGCUUUACAAUAUGAAGAUGGUUAUAUUUAUAGAGGACAAGGUUUUCCUCCUUAAACCAGAAGUGGUUUCGGAAUUUUAACUGAUAGCGAAGGUCAAGAAGUAUAUGCUGGUUAUUGGAAGGACAAUUUUUAUGAGGGUGAUGGAAAAUUACGCAAUUUGUAGGUUGAAUUAAUUAAUGGACCUUAUGAUUACACAAAUAUGACAAAUAUUGGGAACGGCUGGGAAUUUUAUGAAGGUAUUACUCACUAAUAUUGAAAUAGGUAAGUUUGAGGGUGGUAAAAUGCAUGGUGAAGGCACUUUAGUGUUAUCAAACUAAGAAAAAUAUAUUGGUUAAUUUGAUGAUGGGAUGAUACAUGGGGAAGGCGAAUUUAUAACAAAUAAUGAUAAUGCAGUGAAAGCACAAUGGAAUUAAGGAAUUUUAGAAUAGUAUAUUGAAUGAUUUAUUAAUUUU